AUGCUGGUGCUGCUGGAGCUUCUGGAGCUGCUGGAGCUGCUGAGCCUGGUGGUACUCCUGGAGCUGGAGCUGCUGGAGGUGCUGGCGCUGGCGGUGUUGCGGGAGCAGGUGCUGCUGGAGGUGCUGGAGCUGGCGCUACUGGAGCUACUUGGGCUUCUGGUGGUUCUGCUGGAGCUGGAGCUGCUGGGGGUGUUGGAGCUAGCGGUGCUGCUGGAGCUGGUGCCUCUGGGGGUACUGGAGUUGACGCUGCUAGAGCUGCUGGUGGUGCUACUGGAGCUGGAGGUGCUGCGGGAGUUGGAGCUGCCGCUGGGGGUGCUGGUGCUGUUUCUGCUGGUUCUGGAGGCGCUGCGCGGCCGCGACCGUACUUCAUUCCGCUCCUUCAGCAGGUUCUUGCGUGUCCCUCUGCCGUCUCCUCCUGCGUCCUCUCUUCUUGCCCUUGCUGACCCGGAGUCUGACUCCCUUCGUGCUGCUCGUCCUACUGCCACGCGACUUCUGGCCACUGUUGUCACUGACCCUUCCUUUGAGUCCACUGCUGCGUCUGCCUUAGUCGCUGAGCUUGUCGACUUUGCUGCUCACUGUCGUCUCGACUACGCCGCCAGUCUUGUUGCUGGGUCUGAUUCUGUCUGUCCUCCGUCCGUCGGGGGUGAGUGUGCUCUUGGCACGGACGUCCUUGAGGACAGGCAGGAGGAGUUCCAGUGCUUUGCUGCUGCUUUACCUCAUCUCAUGUCCAUGCUCCUUGCACCUGAGGGAGACCCGGAUGCACCAGACCUCUCAGUGGCAGACAGCCAUGGACGCAGAUAUGGCUUCCUGGAAAUUUUCAGGGUGAAGCGGCUGCCGGGUUCUCCGCCUGUCUUCAAGGCGCGUUAUGUUGCUCGAGGCUUCAGUCAGCGACAGGGAGUUGACUACUUUCAGACCUUCUCUCCCACCCCGAAGAUGACCACUCUUCGGGUGCUGCUGCACGUCGCCGCUCAGCGUGACUACGAGCUUCAGUCUCUUGACUUCAGCACAGCCUUCCUACAGGGCAGCCUACAUGAGGAGAUCUGGCUGCGCCACCCACCUGGCUUCACUGGGUCGUUUCCUCCUGGCACCCAGUGGAGCCUCCGGCGGCUAGUCUACGGUCUCCGCCAGGCGCCUCGUAAGUGGCCCGACACACUGAGGACUGCUCUUGCGGCUCUUGGGUUUGCUCCUUCCACUGCUGACCCGUCGCUGUUUCUCUGCACCGACACGACUCUGUCGCCGUUCUACAUCCUCGUGUACGUCGACGACUUGGUCUUUGCUACUGCUGACACUGCUGGACUGGCGCACGUGAAGUCGGAGCUGCAGAAGAGACACACGUGCACAGACCUGGGUGAGCUACGCAGCUAUCUUGGCUUGCGGAUCACCCGGGACAGAGAACGGCGCACCAUUACCUUGACUCAGUCACACAUGGUGCAUCAGAUCCUUCAGCGCUUCGGCUUCACGUACUCCUCGCCUCAGCCCACUCCUCUGCCUACUGGUCACUCGCUCUCAGCUCUGCCUUCGGAUGAGUCCGUAGAGCCGAGUGGCCCAUACCCAGAGCUUGUGCGCUGCCUCAUGUACCUGAUGACCUGCACUCGACCUGACCUGUCAUACCCUCUUAGCAUCCUGGCACGCUAUGUUGCUCCUGGGAGACACCAACCAGAGCACAUGGAUGCAACUAAGAGGGUGUUGCGCUCCCUGUGCAGUACGUCGGGCAUGGGGCUCGUGCUUGGAGGACGGGCUCGAGUUGUCCUCACUGGUCACGCAGACGCUUCUUGGGUUGACGACUUGGCUACGCAGCGGUCGUCACAGGGUUAUACCUUCAGCCUUGGUUCUGGCUCUGUUUCGUGGCGGUCUACCCGUUCGUCUUCUGUUCUCGGCUCUAGUUGCGAGGCUGAGAUGUACGCUGGGGCCAUGGCUGCACAAGAGUUACACUGGCUCACCUACCUACUGACCGACUUGGGAGAGGCGCUUCGUUCUCCUCCAGUUCUGUAUGUCGACAACAAGGUCAUGCUUGCCUUGUGUCAGGAGCAUAGACUGGAGCACAGAACGAAGCACAUUGCUCUGCGCUACUUCCUUGCUCGAGAGUUUCAGCAGCGUGGUCAGCUUCGUCUUGCUUACGUGGCCAUUUGGGCCAACACUGCUGAUAUCUUUACCAAGGCACUUCAGCCUUGUGAUCAUCGGCGUUUUUGUACCAUGUUAGGUCUUGUACCUACCUGGCCUCACUUGCUCACCUCUUGA